AUGUCCACAAAGCCCUGUCCGUGGGAGGAGACCCUCAUCAUCACUGCUGCCAAUGGAGACGCCGCGGCACUAUCAGACGAGUUGAGAAAAGGGAAAGAUGUCAACUGUCGCGACACAGAGUUUGGGCGAACGGCAUUGUCCUGGGCCGCCGAGAGAGGACACACGAGCGCUGUCCAGACCCUUCUUGAUGGACAAGCCAAGGUUGAUGCUCCCGAUGCCCUUUUGGGUCGCACGCCCUUGACCCAGGCCGCGGCCAAUGGGCACGUGGAGGUGACUGAAUUACUUCUGCGUGGCGGCGCCGACUUCAACGCUUGUGAUACAUCAGGCGAGAGACCUCUUCUGCAAGCGUCCCGCCAUGGGCACGCCGCUGUCGCGAAGCUCUUGCUCGAAGCAGGCGCAGACCCCAAUGCUAGAGCGUGGAAGAAAGGGCAGACUUCCUUGUCCUUAGCUUCAAUCUACGAUCACAUUGACGUUGUCCAGCUACUGCUGGACUACGGUGCCAACAUAGAUCUCGAGGACGAUUGCAAAUGUGAGCGCACGCCGAUGAUCUGGGCCGCGAUCAAUGGGCACGAAGCCAUCCUCAAACUGUUGUUGGAGCAUAAAGCCGGCAUGGAGAAUGAAGACCGAAAGCGAGGCAUGUCUCCCUUGGCAUGGGCUAUCACAGAGGGAGAAGAGGGCGCAACUGCCCUAUUACUGGAACGCUCUCUCAGAGGCCCCGUGCAAGUCUCAGCUAUCCAAGCCGCAGCUACCACCCCCGGUAAUAGUGAGAUUCUUUCAAAGCUGUUGGACGGAUGGGACGUUGACGUCAACGGACGGGAUUAUGGAACUUAUACGCUCCUUGCGUUGGCAGCCCUGCACGGUUGCGAUGAGCAAUUCCGGGUGCUUUUAGAUAGAGGCGCAGAUCCUCACAUCCGUUUUACCGACGAAAGAACAAUCAUCUCAUUCGCUGCCGAAGGUGGCGCAGUGGAAUCCGUCAAAUUGUUGUUGGAGAGCGGAGCAGACGCGAAUCACCAAGAUGAUGUUGGAGCAUCGCCUCUGUCUCGGGCUGCAGCGGAGGGAGAACACGAGGUGGUGAGAAUACUUGUCGAAGCCGGUGCGAUAUUGGAUGCACAAGACGAAAAGGGGCGCACAGCGCUUUUCUGGGCUGCAAAAAGGGGUCACUCCGACGCUGCGAAAGUUCUCAUCGACAGAGGCGCAAAUCUGGAUCUGACAGAUAACGAAUGGGGCAGAACGGCCCUCCAUUUCGCAAUCGAGAGAGAGAAUGUCGAAGUAGCGAAGUUGCUCAUCACUGACGGAGCCUGCUUGGGUAUCAAGGACGGAGAGGGACGUGCGCCAUUGUCUUAUGCCGCCGAGGAAGGCCUCGAGGACGUUGUAGCUCUACUUGUCGAGGAAGGCGCCGACGUAAACAUGCCCGAUGAUACCGAAGAUGAUGGAAUGUGGGACGCCAUGGUGCCCUUGUCCUGGGCCGCAGCAAAUGGUAAUGAAGCUGUGAUUAGGACUCUGCUGGCGCAUCAUGCCUCAGUGAACCCAGAUAUUGAAGGACGGCCACCUUUGAUGCACGCUUUCCAAGAAGAGAAGGACGAGGCAAUGAAAAUACUCCUCGAGCAUGGUGCAGACCCAUUCGGUGGCGAUUUCAGUGACGAAUGCGUCUUGAGAGGAGUGGCAAAGUGUGGUCUGAAGGAUAUAGUGGCACUCUGUCUCAAACAAGAUGCCAGGUCCGUGGAGUUCAAACAGGACUCAAUCUGGUGGGCUCUGGUCGAAGCCUCGCACAACGACCAUGCAGAGGUAGUGGAGUUGUUGCUUGAGCACAACCCUUUCAGUUUUCCAAGUGCGGACUUGACGCCCUGGGAUCUCGCGGAGGACGAAGAGGUGCUGCGUCUGCUGCAGCCGUAUCGAGAUGGCAUUCGAAAGCGUGUAGAGCGGGAAGAGGCAGCAGAUCUUAUAGAUUAG